AACGGGGGGCUCAUGUUUCCGGCAUGGUCAUCGUUGACAUCAGCCUGUUGAGUGGCUUUCAGCCUGAUGAGAUGGACCUUGCUCAGCUGCAAGAGGUCCCCGACCAAUACAUCAACCACUGGGAGAUUCAAGGACAACAGCUGCUCCUGUAUUUUGACCAGGCCCCAGAAUCCGGUCGUGAGUGUGUCGCUUUCAGGGCCAAACAGGUAGUUUCUGUGGGAAAACUGCAACCAGCCAGCGCUACCGUCUACGACUUCUACGAACCCAGUCAACGUUGCAGCAUCUUCUACGGGGCUCCAAACAAGCCACAGUAUGUCUCCGCGUUGUGCUCAGAUGAUGUCUGCCAGUGUGCUGAAGGUGCCUGCCCACGUCUGAAGCGUACCCUGGAGGAUGCAAUCACAGAAGAGAACCGGAUGAACUUCGCCUGUUACAGUCCCCGUGUGCAAUAUGCGUUCCUGGUUCGAGUGGAGCGUGAGACCCAAGAAAGUGCCUUCCGGGUCUACGAAGUUAAAAUCAAGGAGCCCCUUCAAUUCACUGCAGACUCCAGAAUCGAAACCGGCCAAAUCCGUCGCUUUGUGGUUCGGGCUGCUUGCAAGACCCGCCUGGCUGCAGGCAAAGAAUAUUUGUUGAUGGGACACGACGGGGAAACGCGUGACUCAAAUGAGCGUCCCCAGUACCUGCUGGAUAAAAAUUCCUGGAUAGAAGAGCAACCAGAUCCUCGGCGUUGUAAAGCCACCCAGUAUCGCAACACUUGCCAGGAGCUUCAGUCUUUCACUACCUCCUUUGGUAUCAACGGCUGCCGCAUCUGAGCCAAAUAACCCCUUGCGCCUUUGACUACUCUGACGCACCAGGAACUGCACCUCUUUUAUGGAAUACCCCCUGACUGAAAACCUCCUCUUGAUCGCUGUGUUGUGAGUCACUUAAAGCUUUGUGAUCAGAGGAUCUGAAGACUAAAGAAGAGUGUCAGCAUCAAAGCAUAAUAACAGAGU